GAGUCAUGUGAUACCAAGAUGGCGGCACCGCGGUAGCUGGCUCGAAGUUGUGGCGUCCAAGGAGCCGCGACGGUUUCUGCCCUCUGGCUGUGGGGGCGGCAACCCUUGGCUGACUCCUGCCGCCACUCGCAGCCUGCAUUGGGCACCCGACCCAGGGCUGGGGCUGUUGCUGUUGCAGCGUGUUCGGGGGGAGUGCCGGUGACCUCGCUCGCUGCAGGUUCCUUGCGCUGGCCCUGCUUGCCGGAGAAAGAGGCGAGCAAUCAAUCUCUUUGAUCACUUGGGCCUUUGAUGUUCAUGAGGCCUCCGAGGGCUCCAGAGGAGCUACAUCUCUGAGGGGGCUGGGGGAGUUCCAGCCGAGGCGUGCCUGAGAAGCAGCCUAGGACCCCUGUAGGCCUGAAGAAGGCAGCCAGGACUUCCCUUCCUCCCUCCGAGGCCUCGUCUCGCCGCCUUGAUUAACCCAGCGUUGCUGCUCACUUCCUCUCAAUGUUCUCUCCAUUUAUCAGGAAAUAUGAUCAGCGCCCCUGACGUGGUGGCCUUCACCAAAGAAGACGAAUACGAGGAAGAGCCUUAUAAUGAGCCAGCCCUGCCGGAGGAGUAUUCAGUGCCGCUUUUCCCCUUUGCCAGCCAGGGAGCCAACCCAUGGUCAAAACUGUCUGGGGCCAAGUUCUCCAGGGAUUUCAUCCUUAUUUCUGAGUUCUCUGAGCAGGUGGGACCCCAACCUUUGUUGACCAUCCCUAAUGACACCAAAGUUUUUGGUACCUUUGAUCUCAAUUACUUCUCUUUGCGGAUCAUGUCUGUGGAUUACCAGGCUUCCUUUGUGGGCCAUCCUCCGGGUUCUGCCUACCCCAAGCUGAACUUUGUGGAGGACUCCAAGGUGGUGCUGGGAGACUCCAAGGAAGGAGCCUUUGCAUAUGUGCACCACCUCACUCUGUAUGACCUGGAGGCCCGUGGCUUUGUGAGGCCUUUUUGCAUGGCUUAUAUCUCAGCAGACCAGCAUAAAAUCAUGCAGCAAUUCCAGGAGCUUUCAGCUGAAUUUUCCAAAGCAUCUGAAUGCUUGAAGACAGGCAAUAGGAAGGCAUUUGCUGGAGAACUUGAAAAAAAACUGAAAGACUUGGAUUACACUAGGACAGUGCUGCACACAGAAACAGAGAUCCAGAAGAAAGCCAAUGACAAAGGCUUUUAUUCAUCUCAGGCCAUUGAGAAAGCCAAUGAACUGGCCAGCGUGGAGAAGUCCAUCAUUGAACAUCAAGACCUGCUGAAGCAGAUCCGCUCAUACCCUCAUCGGAAGGUGAAGGGGUCUGACUUGUCUUCUGGUGAGAUAGAGCACACCCAGGAUCAGGCCAACCAGGCACCUGUAACCUCUAACCCUGAUGAGACUGAUGACACAGACCUUUACACCUGCCGACCAGCUUACAUCCCAAAACUCAUUAAAGCAAAGUCCACCAAGUGUUUUGACAAGAAGUUGAAGACCUUGGAGGAACUCUGUGACACUGAGUAUUUCACCCAGACUUUGGCCCAGCUCAGCCACAUCGAGCACAUGUUCAGAGGAGACCUGUGCUACCUUUUGACCAGUCAGAUUGAUAGAGCACUUCUAAAACAACAGCACAUAACAAACUUCCUCUUUGAAGACUUUGUAGAGGUUGAUGACAAGAUGGUGGAGAAACAAGAGUGUGUAUCCUCUCAGCCCAGACAAGACAAGCUGCUUUCCAGACCUCUGGAAGAAUGCCCAAUUCCUAAAGUGUUAAUUAGUGUUGGCUCUUACAAGUCCAGUGUGGAGUCUGUGUUGAUCAAGAUGGAGCAGGAACUUGGAGAUGAGGAAUACAAGGAAGUAGAGGUGACAGAGUCAAGCAGUUUUGACCCCCAGGAAAACCUAGACUACCUGGAUAUGGAUAUGAAAGGGAGUAUCAGCAGUGGUGAAAGCAUUGAGGUUCUGGGCACGGAGAAGUCCACCUCUGUGCUGUCUAAGUCUGACAGCCAGGGCAGCCUCACAGUACCAUUGAGCCCCCUGGUGGUCCGAAGCAAAGCAGUUAGCCACAGGACCAUCAGUGAGGACAGUAUUGAAGUACUGAGCACCUGUCCUUCUGAAGCCCUCAUCCCUGAUGACUUUAAGGCCAGCUACCCAAGUGCCAUUAAUGAAGAAGAAUCCUAUGCAGAUAAUGAGGGGGCCAUCCAUUUCCAGGCAAGCAUCAGUCCACCAGAGUUGGGUGAGGCUGGAGAGGGCAACUUGGAAAAUACCCCACCCCAAAUAGACUCCUCUUGCUGUAUUGGGAAAGAGAGUGAUGGUAAGCUGGUGCCAUUCCCCACUCCGGCCCACACUCUCUCUGAUGAGGAUGGUGUGGUGAGUAUCCCCCCACAGCGCUAUAGGCAAAAGGAUGAAGGGUUCCAUGUGGACUUUGCAGUGGAAAACACCAACCCUUCUUCUCAAGACAACUGCGAAGCAUUCCCAGCUUAUGAGCUGGACCCAAGCUAUCUGCUGGCUAGCCGGGAUGUCAGUAAGACCAGCUUGGACAACUAUUCGGAUACCACCAGCUAUGUAAGCAGUGUGGCCUCUACCAGCUCUGACAGGACUCCCUCCUCUGCUCAUCCUGUUGGCCCAUCUUCUGAGAGGCAUAAAAAGCGGGCUGGCCAGAACGCCUUAAAAUUCAUCCGCCAGUACCCCUUUGCCCACCCAGCUAUCUACUCCCUACUCAGUGGGAGGACGCUAGUGGUCCUGGGGGAAGACGAGACUAUAGUCAGGAAGCUUGUGACGGCACUGUCUAUCUUUGUUCCCAACUAUGGCCGCUAUGCCAAACCUGUCAAGCACUGGGUCUCCUCCCCUUUGCACAUUAUGGAUUUUCAGAAGUGGAAGCUUAUUGGCCUGCAGAGAGUGGCCUCCCCUGGCAGUGCGGGUACCCUCCAUGCCCUGAGCCGCUAUAGCCGCUACACGAGCAUCCUGGACCUGGACAACAAAACCCUGCGCUGCCCCCUGUACAGGGGCACUCUGGUGCCCCGCUUGGCAGAUCAUCGCACUCAGAUCAAGCGGGGCAGCACCUACUACCUGCAUGUCCAGAGCAUGCUCACCCAGCUGUGCUCCAAGGCCUUUCUCUACACCUUCUGCCACCAUUUGCACCUGCCUGCCCAUGACAAGGAGACGGAGGAGCUGGUUGCCAGCCGCCAGGUGAGCUUCCUGAGGCUGAACCUGGGCCUGGUAAAUGAAGAUGUCAGGGUGGUUCAGUACCUGGCUGAGCUGCUAAAGCUACACUACAUGCAGGAGUCUCCUGGGUCCAGCCACCCUAUGCUCAGGUUUGACUAUGUCCCCAGCUUUUUGUAUAAAAUCUGAAGUUGGUCCCAGCUGCUGUGACCAAGACCUAUGACUUAGGGUAUGGGAAGGGAAGGGGUUGGCAUGACCAGAUGGUUGCUUGAGCUGGACUGUUGAGCCCUCUGGUGGUGUCGGUGAAGGAAAACAGUGGUGGCAGCUGUAGUUCCCAUGUGGCUCUGGGCAGCCUGCUAGGUGAACUGGGUAGAGGUGGGAGCCUGGCUCUGAAGGCACUUGGAAUAUCAGUAACAGGUUUCCAUAGCUCCCUGGUGCAGUGGUGCCCAAACAGGGGGUGUCCUUAGCUUACAGAGGGGGCUGGUGGCCUGGAUGGGGAGAGAAGGCCCUAGUCCUUGGUGGGAAGAGGUUUAAACACUGGCCAUUCAACAUCGCUGGACUCUCAAGAUGGCAAAAUUGGCUAAAGAAGCAGCCUGCUAACUGGUGAUUUGGUGGAAAACUGAAUGAGAGAACAUCCAUUGCCUCAUUGAGACCUUUGCUGUGGCCCUCUAUUUGGCCUUCUGGAGCCCAUCAUCCCAGGGAAGACCCAUGAAUGAAGGAAAUUGGAGGGAGAGAGCUCUGGCCAGCUGGGGAUUGGAAAUGCUUACUUUUGGGGCCCCAAAGGUCAUGAGCAGCCUCUUCUUCUGCCCUCACCUCCACCAGGGAAGAAAAUGCCUGUGAAUGGCCCCUAGAGAUCACUCUUCAUGGUCAUCACUAGGCCCAGAUGUGAAGCAGGUGCAGAAGACCACAGCCAGCAUGACGACUGCUCUGGGAGCUGCAGAUGGAGCAGGCCAUGGGGCCAUGAAGCCAUCACACUGUGCAAGAGAUGAGUUGCCAGCAGCUUUCCUGGGGCCACCCACUGGCUCUUCCCAGCCCAAGUGCAGGAAUACUGACUCCCUUAGGAAGCUCUACAGACAGGCUGGGACUUGGUAGAGGUAUACUCCAGUAGCCACCCAUGGCAAACCUUUGCAACCACUUCACUACCUCUCAUGGGAUCUCCUGGACUGGGUGGGGCACAGUAGGGUUCUGUUCAGCUGGCUGGUGUGGGUGUCAUCCUGGCCAGCAAGAACUGAAAUGGCAGGUCUUCCUGGACCAACUCCCAUACAGCUCUCCCUUUGAGGACCUACCUUUUGGAAGGCUGUGCUCACCUGUCUCCACAGUUCAUGAUCAUCCCCAUGUGAGUCCCCCUUCAAGGAAGGCAUUUGAGACUGGGAAGGAGACACCCUGUGGUCCCUGUCCCCUCAGCUGUCCCACUGAUGGCAGCCAGCAUGGCCUCCCUAGGGCUCCUUCCACUGUUGCCACUGGUGUGCAGAUGGGGGGGGGGGGUCUCACAGCCUUGAAAAUAUAUCUUUUUUUUUAAGCAUUCUUUUCCCCUUAGUGGAGAAAACUCUGGGUAUUACUACUUUUAAAUUUUUUUCCAUGAAAACUGCAGUAAACUGGACCUGAGUCAGCUUUGUGUGUACAUCUGCUGAGCCCUGGUUGCUCUGUCAUGCUAUGCCACCAUCAUGGUCUCUGAUGGAGGGCGACAGGUCUACUUCUCACUGAGGGGCAGAGACUGCUGGUGGAAGCUGAGUGACCAAAGUUUGUGUCACAUCACUCAUAUUGACCGUCACUUUUCUUAUCUAAGUCAUUGACAUAAACAUGUGGCCUGUUGACUGUGGCCAUUGGCUUCCAGUCUAGGUCUGCAUUUCUGUGACAGUGUGUAUGAUUUUGCUUCUGAGGCUAUGACUGAAAACCUUUUGUGGCAGAUGGCACUGCCUGUAUACUGUCAGUUUUCUUUGUCCUUGUGCUCAGUACACAUGUUCACAGGUCACUAGGCAACUUCUGACUGGAACAUCUGUUGACUAUCUUCUCAUGUGAUCCCUCAACCUGUUUGUUUCCUCCUAUCAUAUUCCAGAUGCUACCUUGCUUUCUGACUGAGUGGCUAAGUGCUAUCUUCUCAUGCCUCCAAGGACAUAACUUUGUGAUAUUUUAUCUUGAAGGGAGAGAAGGUCUAUGGAGUCCAAAUGACUGGCUGGGAAACUGUCACUGGCACCUUUGCAGUUGUGUUCCUAUGUGUCACACCAGCACAGAAAUUCGUGGCUAACACUGUGCUCACUAGGAGAACUGAUAAAGGUGGAAGAUGAGCUUUCAGAUGAAUAGUCACAUUUGGCUUUCUGGAAGCUAAAGCCAUGCACUGAGAGGUCAUAUGUGGAAGUCCCUUUGUGGGUACUUGCUUGGCACUCAGCCUCAAGGGCAGCUCAGAGAUUAAAAGGCAAGAGACUUGGGGGGCCAUAAAUAGAAUAGGUGGCCCAUGGGGCAGCCACAGUCACAGAAAUGGCAAAAGGAACACUUCUUCAGAGUGGUUCUUCAUUAUGCAGAGAUGGUUUCACUGACUAGUGGUUGAACUCCCAAUUUAUAUUUUGGUUAAAAAUUAACCUUUUCCACAUAGUGGUUUCAAAGGCUUAUUUGAUACAAAGUGUGCUUCCUUUUAAAGGAUCUUGAAAGUGGUGCUGACACUGAGUCAUAGCUUGGGCAGAGGCAAUUAAUUAAUACCAAUGCUCUGCCACUCCCUAGCCCCUCCACUUUGGAGGGAUCAACCUUCCAGAAGUUUCCCAUCUAUGCACCAUGAGGGUAUGGAGACCUUUGUAAUGGGAUGUCUUCAAGAGUUUUUAUCUGAAGUAUUCAUACGACAUUUAAAAACAAUACUUCCCAAAAAAGGAGGUAACAUUAGUGCCCCUUACUACUUAAUCCUAACUAUUGCUUUGAGGGUCCUGGUACUAAAACUAGUUGUCUGAGGUUUGUUUCAACUGGACCUCCAACCCAUUAUUUCCCUCCCCCACAAUUUUUAAAGCAGUCCACAGGUUAAGAACCACCGGAUCAGGCUGCCAGUUAAUAUACUAGUAACUUUCAGAAGUUCCAUUUUAGAGAUGAGCUCACAACCUUCUAGCAGGUGGGGCAGGAGAGGCACAUUGGCCUGAGCUGCUGUCUCCCGCCUCACACUUUCCCUAGGAAUCUUGCUACUUUAAUGGAAUGGGUGACUCUUCCAUAAUUUACAAUGGCUGAAGUUACAUUGCUCCCAAAUUUGGAAAUGGACUGUGAUUCCCCAUCUAACUUUUUAACUUAUUUCAGAUCAGGUGCUGGAGCAAAACUAUAGAUUGCAACCCCACACAGUAAGCCCCAUUUCAAAAUCCUAGGAAAGCCAGUAGAUUCCACCCUAGUUCCCAGGGCUGUUGCAGUUGAGCCAUGUGGUGUGGAGGCAGAGAGCAGUCCUCCACUCCCUGGACAUCUUGCUUGCAUACUGACUGCUCAUCUGCCACUGCUGAACGCAUGCAUGUCUUACACCACAACCUGAACUAUGCAUGUGAGCCAGUGUCUUGUGCUGUCAUGUUGAACCUUCCCUGCACAGCAGGUAGUGCCAGGUCAGCCAGGACCAUGACUGGAAGUGACAAUUGGAAUCUUUAGGUUUACUAUUAACAGACUGCAAAAAAUUAAAAAGGUUCAAAUUUCUACUUCUGGUUGGAAAAGUGAAGUCAAACUCAGCUGAUAAGGCAGGGCACGAUAAGUACUGACUCCCUCCCUUGACCUCUGAGCCUUUUAAGGUUUGGAUAAAGCUUCAGAAGGAGGUUGCAAGAGUGGAUAGGGAUGUUGGGAUGGGAAAAGAGCACUCAGCAGCUUGUUAACCUGCUGGGAUGGGCUUAGCUUCCAGGAGGGACUUCUCAGCUCCAAAAAGGAGGCUUCACACAGGGUCUUGGGGUUGUCCAGCUAUCUUCAGCUGAGAAAGAGUUAAGCCCUUGAAUUUAAAACUACCUAGGUAGUACAAGAGCUCCUAAAUCAGAGGCAGAGGGAUGGGGACUGGCGUGUCACCCAUAACCAUGAAGAACACUGCAGCUGUCCCUACACACGGUGGAAGAAACACCAACAGACUAUAUGCUAGGUCACAAGGAGCAUCACCUGCAAGACAGGACCCCAGGGAGCCAUAUCCAGGCUGGCAAACACUGGAUAGCUGGAGUUGCAUGUUGAAUGGAGAGAAAUGCCGUUUUUAAGGUUGCAGCUAGAACCACAAUCUGUGAUGAACUCUUGUUUGUUAUUUUCUAAAAAGCUAUUUUACUACUGCAUGUUCCUGUGGUGUCUGUGAAUGUGCAUCCCAACCCCACAAGCUGCAAUUGUCACAGUGGCUGGAACAGGAGUAGGACUGAUACAUUGACAGCAUCUCACAGGUGUUUUACUGCACAAGAGUUUAACCAGAGUAAAUGCCAAACAAACAGUAUAAGGAGUAGACUUUUUAAGAAAUUAAUUUAUUUGAGUUCAGAUUAUUUUUGAAAUAUAAAAAUUGGUUGUAUUUUUUAAAGCUAUAAUUCUUGUAGACAUUCUGUGGUUAAAAUUUUGAUUGUGCUUAAUGGUCACUAUGGUUUGCACUUCAGCUAUGUGAAAAAUAAAAGAUUGUUUGGGAAGGUGA